AUGACAUGUGCAAGCUCUUUAUUAAAUCAUGCUCGACGUUAUAGCACAAGCACCAAAUUAAAAGGCUAUGAGUUCUACGAAAAGACAUUGGGAUCGCCGAAAUACAUUGUAGGGCCCAUGGUGGAACAAUCUGAACUGGCUUGGCGAAUCCUCAGCAGACGGUACAAUGCCCAAUUAUGCUACACACCCAUGUUCCACUCCAAGCUGUUCAGUGACCCUAUCCAUGGCUACAAAUACCAAGAUGACCAGUGGUCUACCAAUGCAGAAGACCGACCUUUGAUUGUACAGUUUUGCGGCAAUGAUCCAGACACGCUAUUGAAAGCAGCUAAAAUGGUGGAGCAUCAAUGCGAUGCUAUUGAUCUCAACCUGGGAUGUCCUCAAUACAUUGCGAAAAAGGGAAGAUAUGGAUCGUUUUUGCAGGACGAUUGGGAUUUGAUCUACAAACUGAUCUCCACAUUGGACACACAUUUGCAAGUGCCAGUGACAGCCAAGAUCCGAGUGUUUUCAAGCGAGACAAAAACAGUAAAUUAUGCCAACAUGUUGAUUGCGGCAGGAGCGCAAUUAUUGACUGUGCAUGGCAGACUACGAGAGCAAAAAGGCCAUCAUACAGGACUCGCAGACUGGAGCAAGAUCAAGGCAGUCAAGCAGCAGUGUCCCCAGGUACCAGUGAUAGCCAAUGGCAAUAUACUCUAUUACGAUGAUGUGCAGCAUUGUUUAGACAUGACAGGCGCAGAUGGAGUCAUGAGUGCCGAGAAUCAUUUAUACAAUCCAACGCUGUUUAUGGCCACUGACAUGCCGCCCUUCACCUUUGAUAUCGCCUUGGAAUACUUGAGCAUUUGUAACACACUGGCACCGACCAGGCCAGUGAUUAUCAAAGCGCACUUGUUUAAGCUGUUCCAUGCCAGUCUGCCCGUGCAUACAGACCUCAGGGACAGACUAGCAGUGUGCAAUUCAGCAGAUGAAAUGCACACGAUUACACUGGAGCUGAAAGAGAGAAUACAGAGACAAGUGGAUCCUGCAAAGGAGAUUGUGGAUGUGAAUCCAGAAACAGGCAUAAAAACAUAUGCAGCAUGGCGAUGCCAGCCAUACUUUAGACAAAAACCUGUUAUUGAUCAUCAACAAGUUUCAAAUGACAAGAGAAGAGAAAAAGCCAUCAAAGCCUUACAGCGUAAAAAGGCCUUGACGUUAGAAAAUAAACAAAUGAUCCACGGACAUUAA